AUGCUUCCCAAGUUCACUGCACUCUGUGCCUUUUUGGCCAUUUUUUCCUCGUCUGCGGCCUACACAAUAACACCUAAUAUUAUCGAGGGUGUUCCUGAUUUCUUGAAUAUAAGUACUGCUCCAUUCGUGAAGAUCGGAUCAGGGUAUUACAUAAUCGAAAGUGUUGCAAGAAAGAAUUGGUAUGGUGCCUACGAGUCUUGUCGGCAAUUGAAUGCAGAGUUGAUCACAUUUGAAAGCGUGGAGGAAUUGAAGCUGAUAACUCAAUAUAUAGAGGCCGUUCUGUCACCGACUGGUCUUGGUCUGUUUUGGACUUCUGGCAAUGACUUAGCGAACCAGGAUAAACACGUGUGGUUUUCGAAUGGGCAACCGGUGCCUUCGGAUUUGUUUGCGAAGGGAGAGCCAAAUAACGCCAAUGAUGAGGAGCGUUGUGACGCUUUUAAGGUUUUAGAUGAAACAAACCCCGGUAUGAAUGACUGUAAUUGCGAAAUCAAAAGAAGGUAUGUUUGCAAAGCACCCCAGCCAGUGACAGCUUCCUUCAUCAUUUUUUAG